AUGGGUGCCGCCGGCUCGUUGGCCCUGGCCCGCUUCGGCUUUACCGCGCCGCGUCUCUCCGCGCAGCCCCGGCCCGGGUGGCUCGGGGUGGCUGCGCUGGGACUGGCCGCCGUGGCGCUGGGGGCCGUGGCCUGGCGCCGCGGGCGAUCCAAAAGGCGCCGGAGGCUGCAGCAGGUGGGCACUGUGGCGCAGCUCUGGAUCUACCCGGUCAAGUCCUGCAAGGGGGUGCUGGUGAACGAGGCCGAGUGCACGGCUCUGGGACUGCGCAGCGGCCACCUGAGGGACAGGUUUUGGCUUGUGAUCAACGAGGACAGGAACAUGGUGACAGCACGACAGGAACCUCGCCUGGUCCUGAUGUCCCUGACCUGUGACGGUGACUCCCUGAUCCUCAGCGCAGCCUACACAAAGGACCUGCUGCUACCCAUCAAAACGCCCACCACAAAUGCAGUGCACACAUGCAGAGUGCAUGGCCUGGAAGUUGAGGGCAGGGACUGUGGAGAUGCUGCGGCUGAGUGGAUAACCAGCUUCUUGAAGACACAGCCCUACCGCCUGGUGCACUUUGAGCCUCACAUGCGACCAAGAAAUCCUCACCAAAUAAAGAAGGUGUUCCCGCCCAGCCAGAAGAUUGCUUAUCCUGAUGCCAGCCCAUUUUUGAUCCUAUCUGAGGCAUCUUUGGCAGAUCUCAACUCCAGACUAGAGAAGAAAGUUAAAGCAACCAACUUCAGGCCCAAUGUUGUAAUUUCAGGAUGUGGUGUCUAUGAAGAGGAUUCUUGGAAUGAGCUCCUUAUUGGUGACGUGGAACUGAAAAGGGUGAUGGCUUGUUCUAGGUGCAUCUUAACCGCUGUGGACCCAGACACCGGCAUCAUGCACAGACAGGAGCCACUGGAAACCCUCAAGAGUUACCGCCUCUGUGACCCUUCUGAAAAAGAGCUAUAUGGGAAAUCGCCUCUCUUUGGACAGUAUUUUGUUCUGGAAAACCCAGGGAUAAUCAAAGUGGGAGACCCCGUGUACCUGCUCGCCCAGUAA